AUGGCAAGCACAAAUGCAGAAAAACAGCAAUACAGUGAAGUAGAGGUAGAGGGGGAGCUGGAAGUUUCUCCUGACGUAUUGAUCAAACACCCUCUGGAAAACACAUGGACUCUCUGGUUCUUUAAGAUUGACCCCACCAAAACUUGGGAGGACUGCCAGAUGCUAGUAGCCAGCUUUAACACAAUUGAAGAUUUUUGGGCGGUAUAUAAUCACAUUGAUCCUCCUUCACUGUUGAAAAAUGGACGUGAUUACUCCUUGUUCAAGCAGCACAUAAAACCCAUGUGGGAGGAUGAAAAUAACUGUAAUGGAGGUCGUUGGCUCCUCAAUGUCAGCAGGCAACAGCGUACUGCAGAUUUAGAUAAUUACUGGUUGGAAGUGCUAAUGUUAAUGAUAGGAGAAACCUUAGAAGAAUACUCCAAGAACAUUUGUGGCGCAGUCGUAAGUGUACGAAACAAGGGAGACAAGAUAGGAGUGUGGACUGAAGAUGCCAAGGAUGAUAUAAGCAAUAUUGCGAUCUUCAUAGUAAUAUUCCUGAUAGCCGGAAUCUUAGAUCCCUGGAAGUUUCCAAUACCCGGAAAAUAA